CUUGCCAGUGCGCGCGCGCCAGCCGCCUCCCCUCCGCCCCUCGCUGCCGGCCUCGGGCAUCCACGGCCGGUGGUCCAGCCGCCCGCCACGGCCCUGAACAUGGCCGCAAGCCCCGCUGCCCCCCUGGCCUGGGCGCUGCUACUCCUCUCGUGGGCUCUGCUCCGCGGCGGCUGCCGGGCGCGCUUCGCUGCCGAGCCGGACUCCGAAGACGACGAAGGGGAGGCGGUAGUAUUCUCCGAGUCGCCCCUGCAGAGACCCACGGUGAUGGUGGCCGUCCUCGCGCGUAACGCUGCGCACACGCUGCCUCACUUCCUCGGCUGCCUGGAGCGGCUGGACUACCCCAAGAGCAGGAUGGCCAUCUGGGCAGCCACUGAUCACAAUGUGGAUAAUACAACAGAAAUACUCAGGGAGUGGUUGAAAAAUGUCCAGAGAGCCUAUCACUAUGUGGAGUGGAGGCCUAUGGAUGAACCUGAGUCUUAUCCUGAUGAAAUUGGACCAAAGCACUGGCCUGGCUCCCGUUUUGCCCAUGUGAUGAAACUACGACAGGCAGCCCUUCGAACUGCGAGGGAAAAAUGGUCAGACUACAUUCUGUUCAUAGAUGUUGACAACUUCCUGACUAAUCCACAGACCCUCAAUCUACUGAUUGCAGAAAACAAAACCGUUGUGGCCCCCAUGCUGGAGUCUCGGGGCCUGUACUCUAAUUUCUGGUGCGGAAUCACACCUCAGGGCUUCUAUAAACGGACCCCAGACUAUCUUCAGAUUAGAGAAUGGAAGAGGUUGGGCUGCUUUCCGGUCCCCAUGGUCCACUCCACAUUCCUAAUUGACCUCAGGAAGGAAGCCUCUGACAAGCUGGUGUUCUACCCUCCGCACCAGGACUACACCUGGACCUUUGAUGACAUCAUCGUCUUUGCCUUCUCCAGCAGGCAAGCAGGCAUCCAGAUGCACCUCUGCAACAGAGAGCACUACGGCUACCUGCCCAUCCCCCUGAAGCCCCAUCAGACCCUACAGGAGGACAUUGAGAACCUCAUCCAUGUGCAGAUAGAAGCAAUGAUUGACCAUCCUCCAAUGGAACCUUCCCAGUUCGUCUCAGUUGUCCCUAAAUAUCCAGACAAGAUGGGAUUCAAUGAGAUUUUCAUGAUAAACCUGAAGCGUAGAAAGGACAGGCGGGACCGGAUGUUACGUACCCUGUACGAGCAGGAGAUUGAAGUCAAGAUUGUCGAGGCUGUGGAUGGAAAGGCACUCAACACAAGCCAGCUGAAAGCCCUGAAUAUUGAAAUGCUGCCAGGAUAUCGAGAUCCCUACUCCUCCAGGCCUCUAACUAGGGGUGAAAUUGGCUGCUUCCUUAGCCACUACUCUGUCUGGAAAGAGGUGAUUGACCGAGAGCUGGAGAAGACUCUCGUUAUUGAGGAUGAUGUGCGUUUUGAACAUCAGUUUAAGAAGAAGCUCAUGAAGCUGAUGGAUGAUAUUGAUCGAGUCCAGCUGGAUUGGGAACUGAUUUAUAUUGGCAGGAAGAGGAUGCAACUAAAAGAGCCAGAGAAAGCUGUGCCCAAUGUGGUAAAUCUGGUCGAAGCUGACUAUUCUUACUGGACUCUGGGCUAUGUCAUCUCUCUGGAAGGAGCACAGAAGCUUGUUGGAGCCAAUCCUUUUGGGAAGAUGCUACCAGUGGAUGAGUUUCUGCCAAUCAUGUACAACAAGCAUCCUGUUGCUGAGUACAUGGAGCAUUACGAAUCCAGGGACUUGAAAGCCUUCUCUGCAGAACCCUUGCUCAUCUACCCAACACACUACACAGGCCAGCCAGGGUAUCUGAGUGACACGGAGACCUCAACCAUCUGGGACAAUGAGACAGUGGCCACUGACUGGGACAGGACACAUGCCUGGAAGUCCAGGAAGCAAGGUCACAUCUACCGCAAUGCCAAGAACACAGAGGCCCUGCCACCGCCAACCUCCCUGGACACUGUGCCUUCAAGAGAUGAGUUAUGAGGGCUCCAUGGGGGGGUUACUGCCCUUUGGUUUUCCUAAUGGGCUGUUGAUAUGUUUGUUCCAGUUUCUUUUCAUGGUCACGAUCAUCUAACCAAAGUGGUCUAAUGUGAUUGAUCAAAAUUAGUAUGUUUUUGACAGGGGAAGAGAAUAGGGAAACUAAACCCAAAUUUCCUAGAUGGCUAGAAAAUAGGCUUUAUGGAAACCAUUAAGAUGAACUUCAAUCCAGACACCUUGUCCCUCAGUUCAUUACCCAUAUGAUACUGGUUCUCACACUGAGGUUGAACAGCAUGGCUCAGAGAUUCGUACAAGGGAAAGGUGAUCACCACACUAUCACGUCAAUAAAUGGGUAGGCCUGGCAGCCAAGUCAACUGGACCACAUCUAUUGGUCUAGUGGGCCCAUUUUAUGUCAUAGAUGUGACCUUGAAAACUUGAGUAUGUUUCAAGUUCGGGGUGUGGGGGAGGGGGAAUCAGAUCAUUUAAAAUCAAAUUAAUUGGGCUUUUUCUUUAAAGGCAUUUGCCGUGAGCCUUAUUGCAAAGUGACUUUUUCAUCUUAGUCCCCGUAAUCCAACAGGGAUGGGUAUUUGGGUCUGUGUGUAACUUGGCAUUUGACUAUCAUGGCAAUUGAAGCUCCCAUGAAGAGGUGUCCAUUUUGCCAUGAGCAUAUAGUUUCAUAGAUAUUUGAGGGUUUGUGUAGAUAUUUGAGGAAAGCACUCAAACUUUGGCCUUCUUUAUUAUGGUCGCUUGAGUUGGGAUGCUCUAUUUAUGAAGAUAAAUUUAAUAUAUAAGGGGCUGGGACUGGUGUGUAAUUGCUGUCCCGGGGGUUCAUGUGCUGCCCCAGCACGUCAGACUGUCCUCUCCACCCUGAGCCUGGGAGUGAGUUGCAGGUGUGAGUUUUAUGAGUCACUGUUAAGAGGCAGAGCACAUCUUUAGGCCAGAAACUGUCCUUGCCUGGGAUUUUCAUUCUAUUUUGAAUUAUUUAUUUUACAAAAUGUGGGGGAAGUGUCUGUAGGAUAAGGCAGAGAAACAUAUGUGUUAGGCUUUUAUUGCCCCCUGGGAAGUGGUGAGUGUAGACACGUUGGUUCCAGAAUCUGGUUCUUCUGCAUUUCCCAGCCUGACUCUUACAAGGAGGCCUGUUGAGUGGGAGAUUCUAACCUUCUGGAAACAAAUGAUUCUCCACCUCAGGCGAGAGACCUUGGUUAGAAACAAUGGACUGAUCAACUGAUUUAGACCAACAACCAGGGAAGCCUUGGAGUCAGGAUCCUGGGCAGACCACCUCUCUGCUUUCUUCAUAAAUGGAUUUUAUGUAAAAUGCAGAGUUGGACUACAUCAUCUGUUUCAGCUCCACAAUCUGUGAUCCUUGGAUAUCUCAUGAUGGUUUGUUUUAGGUUUCUGUUCUCAUGCCUGCAAGCAGUAAAACUUGGUCUCCAGAAAUCCCCUCCCCAAGCAUCCUGUCCACACACGCUCCUCUCUCCGUGUCCUGGGUGUUGACUCUGAGCUUCAUGCUUUGGAGCAGAACCCGUUGGUGGCCUUGCUGGGUGCACCAAGCUUCCUGCUCCCCAUGAGGGCGCCAGGCUGCAGGACAACCCGGCAGCUUCCUUCCACAGAACACCAACCUUGGCCUUCCCUCUUGACUUAUGGUUGGUUCUUCUGCAUUGACCAAUAAGCCAGGAGACUGAGGGAAGGGAUCUCAGCUGCCUGAUUUUUACUGCUUAGACAUAGCUAUCAGAGCUUGACUCUUUGUCUAGAAAAACAGAGCAUCUGGGGAGCUAGUGAAAAACCCUUAGGCGAUUCCUAAGGUUUCCUUGGGUAUGCUGUACUUCGUUUGCGUAUUUGAGUGUGUGCAGAUGUGCGUGAAUUUCAUGUUUUGUUUUUUUUUUUAAAGGGGUGGGCGGAGGCUGAGGUAUUGGGAGUAGAGGAAGAUUUAAUUAAUUUUUGUGUGGUUAUGUUUCAUAGAGAACAUUGGUGGGUUUUUUUUUUUUCUUUUUCCCUGUCAGCUGGUCUGGUGGGUUUAUGAAUUCCCAUUCUUUUUUUUUUUUUUUUGAAUUCUCAUUCUUAAAAGACAUUGUUCAUAAAUUCUAGAAUUUUAGAUUAGGACUGUUUUACUGUGAAUAAAAUUCUGGCUCUGUUAGCCCAGCCGUUGCUUUUCUCCACUCAGGUCUAGAAUCCCAAGCAGUGUUCUUUCAUUGUGAACAUUGUGAGCUGCAGACGCAGCUUUUCUUUAGAAGGUCAUCUCUUCAGCAAUCCAGGGAUUCCUUGACCUCAUUAUUCUUUCCUGCCUCCCGUCUAGCCUUAAGUCAAGACAUUAGACCUUUGCGGUGUCAGAGGACUUUGCCUCCGUCAUGGCACCUGCUGUCUGCCUCUGGAAGUUAAACCCUCUCUGGAUCUUGAGAUCCAAGGUGUAAUCUUCUGGAUGGCCGGCCCUGACUUCAGCAGUGCUGGUGCUGCUAAGUGUAGACUGAGUGUGUACAAUAUGCAGACGACACACUGUACGGGCCUUGCUUUGUUCACUGGGGCCUGCUCCAGGAACUCUGGAAAACAAGAGCCAGCAUCCCAGCAUCCUACACUGUCUGUCAUGCUCUGUCAUUUCAGGGUGGGGAAGUGAUAAACUACUUGCCUUCUAGAGCACUUGGUGAAAAAUUAAAAAACGUGCAACUCUAUGAUUGUUCAUUGGUUCCUCCAACGCUGGUCAACAGCCAACACUGCUGGAAUUUCCAGGUCUGCACCGGCCAAGGAUGUCAGAGGCCAAAGACAAUGCAGAGAUUUCCAGUAAAAUGCUGGUGUCGGAAACAAAAUUCCCAUUCAGCUACACACAUGGGAAUAUUUUCACUUACAGUUGGAACAAAUCCAUCUAAUUAGUAACUAAGAUAAAGAUGAGUUUUCCCAAGAGGCUUCUACAAUGUGCUUUCAAGACAUUCUUUCCAAAAUCAGCUUUUAGGGCUUCCCUGGUGGUGCAGUGGUUGAGAGUCCGCCUGCCGAUGCAGGGGACAUGGGUUCGUGCCCCGGUCCAGGAAGAUCCCACAUGCCGCGGAGCGGCUGCGCCCGUGAGCCAUGGCCGCUGAGCCUGUGCGUCUGGAGCCUGUGCUCUGCAACGGGAGAGGCCACAACGCUGAUUAGACCAAUUCGCUGGCUUGCUGGAGGCUUGGGUGUCAGAUGUUAUAUAAACGAGGAUCAUCAGAAGUAGACCUCUGGGGGCAAGGUAUUAUUUAGAAUGCUUCUCCCAUUUAGACUGCUUCUCUCCCAUUUUGAAACUGGUGCCCUGGUAUUGGGCUGGCCAAAAAGUUCGUUCGGGUUUUUCCAGGAGCUGGUAUGAAAAGCCCGAACGAACUUUUUGGCCAGCCCAUCUUUUUUUAAAACGGCUGGAGCAAUCUAGAAACAGUUUAAAUCAUUUACUUUUCGUCUUUUUUCAACUUGACUUACCGGUACCCUUUGUGUGGGAGAUUGUGACUGCAGCACAAAAUGUUGCUCUGAGUUGAGACAAUUGUAGGAAUAAAAAUGAUUUCUUUUGAGGAAACUGUGACGAAGUACUCGAUACUGAUCACUGGUGUUUGCUCCUUUAACUCCUCAUUCAGUUGGUGCUUUUCACCCACCCCACGGGUUCAUCAUGCAUCCUAGGUGGGAGUUAACUCGCAAUGCCAUCCUGGUCCUUACGGCCCCGUCUCCCCAUCUGCAAGAUGAAAUGAUGCUCAGGAUAUCAGGCAGCAGUUCUCCGACCAGCAGCAGAUCUCUCCUUGGAGACUUGACAGAACCAACCCGAUGCACAUCUAACCAAGCCCCCAUCUCAAGUCCUCACUGCCAUCUCCUCCAAACACUUUUCGGAGAAUGUGGGAAGAUGAACAAAGCCAUGCACCCUAGUGAGAAGACAGAACUCCUUUUUGCGGGGACGGAAAUGCUCGUCUACUCCAGGUGCCCUCCUACACUUCCCCACCUCCCCUGCGUUUAGAUUGGGGCCAUAGACUGGCCAAUGGACUGUGAAUGGAAGUGAUGUGGUCCCUUUCGUCUAAGGCAGUCAGGAAGAGUUGUGAGUUCUCUCUACCAUCACUGGGAGUUGAAAGAAAAAUCUGAGAUGGCGGAGUUGCAAGACGGAAGCUGCCUGGACCCUUGGAGCCGCUAAGGAGAGCUGCCCGAUUUGCAAUACCUAGUUCAGUUUUCAACGUGUCAUAUCUUAAGUUACUGAGAUUUCAUGGUUUGUUACUUUAGCCUAGGCUAGCCUAAUAAUCCCUUCCAGAAUUAUUUCAUUUUAACAGAGAUCCUAGGGGAAAUGGUAACUCAAAACAGCACAGAAAUAACUUUUCAUAGUGGAACUGUGGAUACAGGUUGUAACUGGUGCCGUUGCGGCAGCCCUGUAGAAAAAGAGGGUUGACGUCGGGGCAACUUCUCGAUACCACUAAAAAUAAAUACUGUAUGCCUCUAAUGGUCCUGUGCUGCGUGGCAAAUUUGAAAAGGCUCCAAAGAAGGAAAUUUUAAGACAUUAUUCCUUCAGGCAAAAUCUCACCAAGCUGCUUCUACAGGGAGGCAAAACAAGGGAACCCAUUUUCCCAAAUGAUCUUGAAAACAUAGUCACCUAGUGCCAGACAUAGAAAUCCCUUUUUUUCCUGCCCAUAUUAUCGAUUAUUAAAACACCUACUUGGCUUUCUCCACUAUCCCAGAAAGGACCCAGAAAACUUGAUAAUUUGGAUCCAUUUAGGAAUCCCUUUUUUUUUUUUUGGAAACAAUGUGACGGAAUGACAACAUGCAUCUGUUGAAUGAAGCUGCCUUUUGGGAAGACCUUGUUUCCUUCCUCCACAGAGGCCCUCCCGGCUUCCGGAGCACCGUGGACGGUUUCAAGAAUUGUGCAGAUGGUAGCAAUUGGAGACUCAGGAAAGGCUGUCAAAAAGAAGGCAAAGUACUGCCUUGGAUCCCAACUCUAAGUUUGAUUUUAUACAAGGUGUCCCCAGCCAAACUACUCCUAAGAAUGCUGUCCAGCAAGGCAUCACAUCUGAUGGCAGUCUCCUAAGACGUCAUUCUUUCCCCUAAAUGCGCAUGACACUUACCAGUGGAGAGGGUCCCUCCUAACUGUGCCACUGGCUUUCCCUCUGCUCCCUCCAACUGAACCAGCAUGGGCUUCCAAAAUGCUCCUUGACAUACCUGGAACCCAGAUCCACCAGAUUAAUACUCCAGAUACAAUCCCUUUGGGUCUGGCCGCACAUGCCAACCAAGUCCCAAGCCAGUUUAUUAAUUUGACCGAAAGGUAAACAGAUGAUGGAGAUGCAGAAAGACAAGCAUAUGUGAGCAGCUAAAAGUAUUAACCCGGCUGUCCACCAGGAAACAAAUUUAAGACAUUUAAAGUGGCAUUAAAUAAAUGAGGCUAUGUUUUAUCUACUUGUAACUUCCAUUGUCUUUUUUAAAAAAGGAAAAAUAUAUAUAUAUAUUUUACAUUGCAGUAUAGAAAUCUAGACUCUACAUGUACAGUAUAAAUACACAAGGCGAGCACGUGGGCACAACACGUAUGUCUUGGUAGCCGCGCCCUAAACCAGGCCAACAGUUCUACAUUUUCUUUUUGACCUUCCAACCAAGAAAUUCAGGCUGAGGCUAUGUUUCCUUCAGUCCCCAUGACGUCUAGCACCCUGGCCAUCCCUCCUCCACGCACAGAAGCACAAAUCGAACCAGCCUCGCAAACACAGAACAAAAAGUGCUUUUCAACUAGUUGAAACCAGUCGGUCUUUACAAUGCGGUCUGAUCUAGAAAGACCUAAAGGAAAUCUGAGGCCUUCCUGGCUCAUUCUCGUUCUUGGGUCCACCGCCACAAAUCUCUAGCCUUUCCCUGGUGUUUCGUGCGGAUUUCAUAUGGCUAUUUAUGUAACAUAGAUCACACAUAACCUUUGGGAGCUGUCUUACAGGAUAGGAGAAAAAAAAAAGCUCCACGUUACAAUCUGCAC